GAAAACGGCAUCACAGAUAUUGGGUUCGAGCAUCAUUAUCUAGACGAGUGAACGUUGGUGCUGGGGAUUUGAUGAAUGAUAUCCAAAAUGAUUACAUUAGAUUGUAUGUAAACAUCGCACAUGAUGUCAUAAUUUUCUGAGAAUGUCUUCCCCUGAUUAUGGAAAGGUGAACAAGCUAUGUGAACUUUUUGAUAUGAUGACAACAUUCAAGGUCGCGACAAAUGAUAGCAAAUCUUUACGACAUUUGUCACAAAGACACCGACUUCCAGUAAAGAAUCAUAACGAACGAAAUAUUCACGCGGUAGUCAGAGGCAUGUCCGCAAUGUUUUCGGAAAAGGAGAUCAAAGGGGAAUUAGAACUGAGGGGAUAUACUCCUCUCCACAUUAUCCGACUCAAACGCAGUGGCGGCGCACCCAUGCCUUUGGCGGUCGUGAUACUACCCAAGAUUGAAAAGUCCCAGCAGCUAUUCAGUGAACAUGAGCUGCUGGGUCUAGCAAUCAGAGUUGAACUUCAAAAGAACUCUAGACUUAUUGGGCAGUGUCACCGCUACCAAAGAUGUACCCAAGAUACUAUAAUAGGCUACAUAAAUAAUAGAGACUUUUCCAUUUUUUGGUAA